AUGGAUUCAGACUCAGUGAUAGAGUUCCUUGGCUGCGUUCCUUUGCUUCAAAGACUCCCAAGUUCCUCACUUAGAAAGAUCGCUUCGGUUGUUACUGUCAAACACUAUGAUCAAGGUGACUACAUAGUUCGUGAAGGGGAAGCUGCGGCAGAUGGAAUUUACUUCAUAUGGGAUGGAGAGGCUGAAGUCUGUGGGUCUUUCCAUGCUGAUGAAGAAAAUCGUCCUGAAUAUCACCUCAAGCAAUAUGAUUACUUUGGUCAUGGUAUGGCAUCAUCAACUCAGCCUGCGGAUGUAAUUGCAUUGUCUAAGCUGACAUGCUUACUCCUGCCAAAGAAGCAUACACAUUUGUUAGAAUCUAAAUCAAUAUGGAGUGCCGAUGAGGCUCAUGAGAAAUUCUCACUUGCGGAGAGAAUACUGCACUUGGAACCUGUAGAAGUUAACAUUUUCCAAGGUAUCACUUUGCCUGAUGCUCCAAAAUUUGGAAAAGUGUUUGGAGGACAGUUUAUUGGACAAGCACUUGCUGCAGCAUCAAAAACUGUCGAUUGUCUUAAGAUUGUUCACAGUUUGCAUGCUUACUUCCUUCUUAUUGGGGAUUUUAACUUGCCAAUUAUAUAUCAAGUGCACCGCGUACGCGAUGGGAAAAGCUUUGCUACCAGAAGGGUAGAGGCAAUACAAAAUGGGAACAUUGUAUUUACCUUGCUUGCUUCAUUUCAGAAAGAGGAAGGCGGAUUCAAUCACCAGGUGGCAGCAAUGCCUUCCGUACCUAAUCCAGAAGAGCUUUUAUCUAUGGAAGAAUUGCGAGAAAGGCGUAUCAUUGAUCCUCUGCUCCCCAGGACAUACCGGAACAAGGUUGCUAGUAGGGAAUAUGUACCCUGGCCCAUAGAGAUCAGGUUCUGUGACCAUAAUACUUCCACCAAUCAGACUAAGUCUCCUCCGAGUUUAAGGUAUUGGUUUAGAGCAAAAGGGAAACUUUCUGAUGACCAGGCUUUGCAUAGAUGUGUUGCUGCAUAUACUUCAGAUCUCAUAUUUCUUCAAGUUAGCUUGAAUCCUCACCGUGAAAAAGGUUUGAAGUCGGCUUCUGUUAGCCUGGAUCACUCGAUGUGGUUCCACAGGCCUUUUAGGGCUGAUGACUGGGUGCUAUAUGUUAUUAACAGUCCCAGUGCUCAUGGUGCACGCGGGUUUGUUUCAGGACAAAUGUUUACAAGGACAGGAGAGCUUAUUGUAUCAUUGACUCAAGAGGGCUUAUUGAGGAGGGCCAAGACACCAGUAUCUGCUGCAAAACCCAAAUUGUGA